CGCCGCCGCCGGCUCGCCUACCCUUUCCCUUAGCAGCCUCCUUUCAACCUUGUCCCCUGUUGGCGCGGCCUUUCGUGCGGUGACGGCGGCGGCGGCGGCGGCGGCGGCUCCGGUUCUUGCCGCAGCUUCCUUCUCUCCUCCCCGCCGGAUCCCUGAGUUUGCCCGCCAUGUCGCUACUCACUGCCGCUGCCCGCCUCUUCGGAACCAAGAAUGCAUCCUGUCUUUUUCUUGCUGCCCGGCAUGCCAGUGCUUCCUCCAUGAAUUUGAAAGACGUAUUAGCUGACUUGAUACCUAAGGAACAAGCCAGAAUUAAGACCUUCAGGCAGCAACAUGGCAAGAUGGUUGUGGGCCAGAUCACUGUGGACAUGAUGUAUGGUGGCAUGAGAGGCAUGAAAGGAUUGGUGUAUGAAACAUCAGUUCUUGAUCCUGAUGAGGGCAUCCGUUUCCGGGGCUACAGUAUCCCUGAAUGCCAGAAACUCCUACCCAAGGCCCAGGGUGGGGAAGAACCCCUACCAGAAGGCUUAUUUUGGUUGCUGGUAACUGGAAAGAUCCCAACAGAGGGACAGGUAUCUUGGCUCUCAAAAGAGUGGGCAAAAAGGGCAGCUCUGCCUUCCCAUGUGGUCACCAUGCUGGACAAUUUCCCCACCAAUCUACACCCCAUGUCUCAGCUGAGUGCGGCCAUUACAGCCCUCAACAGUGAAAGUAACUUCGCCCGAGCGUAUGCAGAGGGCAUCAGCCGCACCAUGUACUGGGAGUUGAUUUAUGAAGACUGUAUGGAUCUGAUUGCAAAGCUACCUUGUGUUGCAGCAAAGAUCUACCGGAAUCUGUACCGGGAGGGCAGCAGUAUUGGGGCCAUUGACUCUAAACUGGACUGGUCCUACAAUUUCACCAACAUGUUAGGCUAUACUGAUGCUCAGUUCACUGAGCUCAUGCGCUUGUACCUCACCAUCCACAGUGACCAUGAAGGCGGCAAUGUAAGUGCCCAUACCAGCCAUCUAGUGGGCAGUGCCCUUUCAGACCCCUACCUGUCCUUUGCAGCAGCCAUGAAUGGGCUGGCAGGGCCCCUACAUGGACUGGCAAAUCAGGAAGUGCUUGUUUGGCUGACACAGCUACAGAAGGAAGUUGGCAAAGAUGUGUCAGAUGAGAAAUUACAAGACUACAUCUGGAACACACUCAACUCAGGACGGGUUGUCCCGGGCUAUGGCCAUGCAGUACUGAGGAAGACUGAUCCACGAUACACCUGUCAGCGGGAGUUUGCUCUGAAACACCUGCCUCAUGACUCCCUAUUUAAGCUGGUGGCUCAGCUGUACAAGAUUGUGCCCAGUGUUCUCUUAGAGCAAGGCAAGGCCAAGAAUCCUUGGCCCAAUGUAGAUGCUCACAGUGGGGUGCUGCUCCAGCACUACGGCAUGACGGAGAUGAAUUACUACACAGUCCUGUUUGGGGUGUCUCGGGCACUGGGUGUGCUGGCACAGCUUAUCUGGAGCCGAGCCCUAGGCUUCCCUCUAGAGAGGCCCAAGUCCAUGAGCACAGAUGGUCUGAUGAAGUUUGUGGACUCUAAGUCAGGAUAAAACUGGAGACCAGGGGUAAACUACAGACAGUGAGGGAACUGUAAAAAAAAAAAAGUAUACUUUUGUUCUGGGGGCUUUUAAAGACUUAAGAUUAAAUUCUAUCUGAGGCACUGAAAGUAAGUUUGAGGUUAAAAUAUAAAUUAAGACUUUAAAAGAUGAAGAGUAACCCCUUCUUCCCUACCCAGCUCCAUUCCCUUGCCUGGUAUGAGUUGUCCAAUCAACUGUAGGAUGACCAGAACUGAUGCAUGUGGUAUGGGCUAGGCCAGCCCCCACUACCAUCUGUAGAGUGAGAACCUGGCUCCUCUUUCCCAGAGACAAAGCUGGUUGCAGAGAAGCUGCAGCACCUGAGAGCUUUCAGUUCUACUCUGCCCAGCCCAAGAUUCUGCCCCUUCUGUUUUUGUAGGAAUCAUGUUGGACAGUCAGCUGUACCAAGCCCCAUUGCCCCCUCCCACGCUGACACCUUCUAACACAACCUGUUGGUUAGCUGGAUAUGCUUGGGCUUUUUUUUUAUGCUACCAGGUGACUAUAAAGCCAUGGUAUUUGUUGUGACUGGUACCCAGUGUUUUUUAUUUCUCUUUGUAAAAUUAUCCCAUGAAAAUUAAGACCUGGGAGUGUUCUGUUCUCCAGGACUAUAAUGCCCACCUCCUUCUGGAUUUUCUGUAUCUGCUGUACCUUAAGCUGAGGGUGCUCUGGACCUUUCCCUGUUGGCUCUACUAAGUCCUCUUCCAGCAGGCUGUAUAUACCAGUUUGAUCUGUGGUCUUUCCCAGUCAUUUGGCUCUUAUCAGUGCUUAAUGUAAACUAAGCCUUCUAUUUCCACAAAACUGAUCUUUUCUCCCAUUUAUUUUAAUGUGUUGGGGGCCAUAGAAUAGCGACUUGGAAAUGACAGCAUAUUUUCGUGGUCUGGUUCCAGGGGUACUAGCACCUCUUUCUGGGCAGGGAAAUGACUAUAGGUUGGACAUGGUCUCCUUUGAGUAUCAGGUCCUGGGGCUGAGGGCAUUAAAAAUAGUAGGCCUUCCUCUUCAUCCCCUGCAACAAGAAAAUACUCCUUUAUUUAUUAGGGUCCUUAUACAGCCCCCUUCCCCAAGUGUUUGUUUUAUAAGCCCCAUUGCACAGGUUUCCAGUGACUCAGAAUGCUCUCCUGCCUUUUCUUUGAGAAAGGAUUGAAAUACACUCCUGUUGUACCAUCUUCUUCCCUUGAAACUCCUGCCUGUGUUUGUGUGGAUCCCUAAUCCCCAGAACCAUGCUGUUGAGAUGGACACACUGUAAACCCCUGGGUAACUGUCAAGUCGUGAUGCAGACUUCAGGUUGUUCUGUAUAAAACACAAAAUAAAUGUUUUUAUUAACAGUG